AAUUGAGAUCAGUAUCAGAUUGGUUCACGGCCCCUAGAUGAGUUUUGGGCCAAAAAUCGGCCGAAAGUACCGCCCUCCUUUCGUGUAUAUGAGCAGUUUAGCAUCUACACAAUGUUUCCACAAUCACAUUUCAGACUCCAGAAAAAAUGCGUAUACUUAUCACCGGAGCCGCCGGAUUCAUCGGCCAACUUGUAGCAAAAAAGCUACUCGAAGACAAAAAUGCCGCUCACUCACUCAUCCUCACUGAUAUCAUCGAACCUCCUGUCCCGAAAUCCACUCAAUCAUCCAACAAUGUUCAAGCCAUCCGCGCAGAUCUAUGCACAGAAUCCUCCUCCGUCGUAACUCCUGACCUAGAUGUCGUCUUCAUCUUCCAUGGAAUCAUGUCCUCCGGCGCAGAAGCCGACUUCGACCUAGGUAUGCGCGCCAACUUCGACGCCACCCGCGCCUUACUUGAAGCCAUCCGCAAGAUCAGUCCAGGAAGCCGAGUAAUCUACGCCUCGAGCCAAGCCGUGUACAACAACUCCGUCACAUUGCCAGUUACAGAAUCGCAACUGCCGACCCCAGAAACCAGUUACGGCGCCGAAAAAAUGAUGUGCGAGUACCUCAUCACAGAGUACACGCGCCGCGGCUUCAUAGACGGAAUCUCGCUGCGCUUCCCCACUGUGUGCGUGAGACCGGGGAAACCCACUGCAGCAGCGAGUUCUUUCAUCAGCGGUAUGAUCCGCGAGCCCAUGAAUGGUAUCAAAUGCGUUAUCCCACUCUCCGACAAGCAAUGGCGUCACUGGCUCUGUUCACCACGCAUCCUAGUCCAGAAUCUCGUCCACGCCGCUACACAGUUCGACACCAGUCGCCUCGCUACUUUUGACCGCGUUCUAAAUUUUCCGGGCAUCGGUGUGUCGAUUCAGGAUAUGAUGGAUUCGCUGGAGAGGGUGGGCGGGAAAGACAAGUUGGCGCUGCUGGAGAUGAGGGAGGAGGAGGGGUUGAAGAGGAUUUUGGAGUCGUGGCCUGCGGAGUUUGAUAAUAGGAAGGCUUUGGAGCUUGGGUUUCAGAGGGAUGAGGGGUUUGACCGUAUUGUUAGGGAUUAUGUGGAAAGUUUGGGGGAAAGGAUGGGUGAAGAGCAGACUGGGGGGAAGGUGGAGGGGGUGAGUGUCAGAACCGUAGAGUUAGUGGCGUAAGGGAAGAGAUGGAUUAGACUGUGUUUGUUGAGUUUUUUAUGGUUUAGAUCAUGGGCAAAUUAUGGAAAUGCCUUUGAGUGGACUGGACAGGUAUGUAGGAAGAAAUUUGAUAUGAUUUUUGGUAACUUAGCCUUGUGGCUUUGUUUACACCUGUGAGUCAAAUUACUGAGCCAUUUAUCACUCAACAAUCAUGUCAGUGAUUGUUAGCAAACUUCCAGU